AUGGAAUCCAGCCCCAAGCGCUGGCCCCAGCUGCGGCUCAGCAGCGUGAGCGCCCGCCGUCUCAGCCCCGCCGUGCUGGGCGGCAGCGGCGAGGGUGUGCUGGAGGGCCUGCUGUCGCCCCGUGCCAGCAGCCACGCUUUCGCCAGCUUCACGGCUGCCACGCAAGCGGCGCCUGUGGCUGGCACGCCGCACCCUUUUCACACCACCCUUCUGGACCAGCAGCAGCAGGCGGCGCACAAGGCCGCACCGCCGUCGCCACCGCCACCCGAGCAGCCAGAGGCAGGGCGCUUCAGCCGUGCAGCCGUGACUGGCGCCAUCAAUGCGGUCAUUGCGCUGCCCAUCAUGGGAGCGUUUGCGUCAAUCAUCUUCCGGGACCCAUUCUUCCAGCCUAUGCUUGGUUCCCUCGUCAAGCUGGUGUUUUUAAGCAGUGCAGUGCACCAGAUGGUUUUUGCCGCAGGCAGCAGCAUGCCUUUCGCCGUAGGCCAGGUCCAGGACGUGGGCCUCAUCUUCCUCUCCUCGCUGGCCUCCGCCAUCGUUGCACAAUGCAGCGAGGCGGGGUGGCCGGCAGCCGACACGCUGGCGACGGUGCUGGUCGCCCUGGUGGCUGCCACGGCCAUUGUUGGCUUGCUUAUUGUGGCCACAGGUGCCCUGAAGCUGGCGAGCCUGGUGCAGUACGUCCCCCUCCCUGUUAUUGGCGGCUACUUGUCCUUUGUUGGCUACUUCUGCCUGGCGGCAGGUGUGAGCCUGGCCUCGGGGGCGCAGGUCAGCGGUCUGUCAUCCUGGGCGCAGCUGGCCAGCGCCGAUGCGCUGGUGAAGCUGGCACCGGCGCUGGCCAUGGUGUUAGCCAUCAACCUGGUGCUUCAUCGAUUCAGGCACGGGCGGGGGCUGGUGGUGACCACCGGCUUUUGUUCCACCAGCUGUUUGCUGCCGACAUGGACCAUUGUUUUUCCAGGAUGCAAACUGAAAGCAUCCGCGUGCUGUCCAGCCUGCAGGAGCCCCCUUGCGCUGCCAGCUCUGCUGGUGGUGGUGCCGGCACUCUUCUAUGCGGUCCUGUAUGCUGCCGGGUCCUCGCUGGAGGAUGCGCGGGAGUCGGGCUGGGUCAGCAAGCCGCAGGAGGGCGACAGCGAGUGGCAGUUCUGGCGGGCGUGGUCGCUGUACAACAUCCACGACUUUCCUCCCACCAACAUCUACUGGCGUGCCAUGCCCGGACAGGCUGGCAAGCUGCUUGCCCUCUUUUUCGUGGUCGCCUUUGGCUCCUCCAUGGACAUUGCCGCCAUCCAAGCCGACAGCCCUCGCGACCUGGACUACAACUCGGAGCUGGUGACGGUGGGGCUGUCCAACCUGGCCACCGCGGCGGCAGGCGUGGGCUUCACGGGCUCAUACAUCUUCAGCCAGACCCUGUUCAGCAUGCGCAUGGGGGUGGACACGCCGCUGAUGGGAGCCAUCGUCACGGCCGCCGAGCUGGCCGUGUUUGCGGUGCCCUUCAACGUCAUGGCCUUCCUGCCUAACUUCUACUUUGGAGGCCUCACAGCCUGGAUCGGCCAGGACAUCCUGAAAGACUGGCUGUUCAUCGCCGCCAAGCGCAUCUCCGCUGUGGAGUAUGCCCUGCUGCUGGCCACCUUUGGGCUGGUGAUGGCAGCGGGGCUGGAGGCGGGCAUAGCGGCAGGCAUAGUGCUGGCAGCCCUUCACUUUGCAUACAGCUACUCGCGGGUCACCAUGACCGCCUUCACUGUGGUGCCCAGCCGCAGCGGCGCAGGCAAGUUGCGCACCUUUGACCAGCGCACGGUGCUGGACAUGUUUGCUGCACGCAUCACCGCCGUCUCCCUCUCCGGCUACCUCUUCUUCGGCAGGUGGGCCUUAUCCCUAUCACCGACUGACAUGGGAAUCGCCCAGCUGGCCAGCUGUGCAGCAACCCGCUUCAUAGUUGUGGGGAGGCUGCAGCACCGAUUAUCAUUUACUCAAAGGCAUCUGUCUUGCUGCUCGCUGCUGUGCUGCAGCUCAGUGACAGUUGUGGAGCGUGUGCUCAGCAUUGCCAGCAGCACGCUGGAUACCCAGCCGCACCUGCCUUUGGCCGAGCAGGCUCAAAAUGCUGCGGCAGCCGUUGAUGGAGACCAGUUGGUUGGGCGGCUAGCCAGCCUGCCCAGCAGCGCCACACUGUCCAGGACGUAUGACAACGUCGCUGUGCUGGCAGACAGGCUGUCAGAUUUAAGCAUCUUUGCUGGCCAUUCUGCCUCUGCCUGCAGGCGCGUCCAGGGCCUGGAUGCCACCGCUGCCCGCUCCUUUGUCACCCUGCACAACAAGCUGCAGCGGAUGGGCAUCCAGGCGAGCCCCACGUGCUUCUGGUUCCCCACCAUGGAUGCCGGCUGCCACUACUGUGAGGAGCGCUUCCUGUCGGUGGCGGUGGCUCACGGCCUGCUGGCGCCGCCAGCCCGCUGCCUCAGCCUGGCCCAGGUGCUGCAUGCCCACCUGGAGCUGCCACGCUGCAUCCUGGGGGAAGCUGCGGUGGACUACCGCGCCGCCGCCGCCAUGCUUGCACGCUUCACCCGAAAGCAGGAGCUUCUGGCUGGCGAGAUACUCUUCUCGGUUGGCAGUCCGGCGGACGACAUCUUUGUGAUUGAGUGUGGCACAGUGGCGUGCCAAGUGGACUUCAUGUGCAGCACGGUGGCCAGCCGGGCGCAGAUGCCCACGCUGCCCGCCGACACCCAGCCACACCACGCAGAGCGGCGCUUCCUGUACGGGCCCGGCAGCAUCGUUGGCGAGCUGGACUUCUUCCUGCAGCGUCCCCGAAGCUUUGCGGCGGUGGUGGAGGCGGACGGCAGCGCCUGGCGCAUCUCCCGCCGAUCCUUUGAGUCCAUGGACCCCGGAUCCCUCGUGCUGCUCCAGACCAUCAUCCUGCGCUCCACAAUGUUUGCGUUUGAACAUACCCAGAUGCCCGGCAGAGGACUGCGCGGGGUGACGUCUCUGCCCUGUAGCUUGCGGCAAGCAGAUGGGCGGCGCAGCACCCGGGCGGCGGCACGAGCGGCGGCACGAGUGGCGGCAGAGCAGAACCCGCGGCCAGACAGCGGCCAGCCUGCGAAGAAGGAUAGCAACAUCCGCGGCAACAAGGAGCACGCUUCACCGAUCCUGCUGGGGCUGGCAAUGGCGGCAGCAGCCGCCGAUGCCAUCAUGCCUGUGGCGAGGGGCGACGGCCGCUCUGACCCCGUGCGUGCCCUGCUGGCCGCCGCCCCUGCCUCUGGCGAGCCCCGCACCAAUUUUGCUCGCAGCCUGGUGCGCGGCAUGGAGGAGGCAGAGGAGGGGGACGGCAGCGACGUGUUUGUGCUGGCACGCACCCUGCUGGAGAGGGCUCUUGAGGGCGGUCACCUGGCGCCAGCAGGAAGCAGCUUGCCUGCCACAGCGGCGGCCCCAGUGCCAGCAGCCGCCAGCAGCGUCCCCAGCACUGCCGGAGCCAGCGGCGGCGCAGCCACGGGCGGCAGCGGCGGCGGCAGCGGCAAGUAUGAUGAGUUGUUGAAGGCCCUGGCAGCCGCCGCCGCAUCAUCAGACCUUGAGCUGGACAGCCGGUUCGACCCUGUGCGCGCCCUGCUGGCCUCCGCCCCGGAGCGCGGGGAGCGGCGGGACAACUUUGCGCGGAGCCUGCUGCUGGGCAUUGACGGGGUGCAGGGUGGCGACUACACCAGCCCCUUUGCCCUGGCCAAGAUACUGCUGGAGCGCGCACUGGAGAGCGGCAGCCUGGUCCCGGGUCGCACGAGCGCGCCGGCGGCAACGGCAGCGCCCAGUGCCGGCGCCGGCAGCAGCAAGUACGAGGCGCUAUUGCAGGCGCUCACGGCGGCGGCUGCAUCGCCAGAGCUGAAGGGGGACGGCCGCUUUGACCCCGUGCGCGCGCUGCUGGCCGCCGCGCCUACCGCCGGCCAGCCCCGCGACAACUUUGCUCGCAAUUUGCUGCGUGGCAUCGAGGAGUUGGAGGAUGGGGACAGCACCAGCGUGUUUGCGCUGGCGCGCACCCUGCUGACGCGGGCACUCGAUGGCGGUGGCCUGGUGCCCGCCGAGGCGGGCAACGAGUGA